CCCGGUGCGGGGGCCCUUGGGCAGCUGCAGGCCGGGGCGGCCAGGGAGCGCGCCAAGACAAGGAUGGAGCUUUUUUUAAAAAAAAAAAGGACAAAACCCAAAAGAACAGGAAAGGAAACGCCAAAGAAGAGAAGGAAAGACAGACUGGAGGCCUCCGUGCGCUCGGUGGCCCCUUUCAGAGCACCCCGACUGUAGAAACUGGGAUCGGGACCCGCUGGCCCGCCUCGUUAAAACAGAGCAGCGUGGUGAGCGCUUUCUCCUCUUGGCGCAUGGAGGUCUACACAGCCUGCCUGGAUCGUGCUGGAGCCUUCGGAGGCUGGAGCCAGGAGCCGGGCGCGGCUGGCCCCGGGGUCGGUGGUGUUUUUCCCGAGACAGGGCCUGGGAGAGGCGCGGCCUCCCGGCUACACACGCAGCGUCCAGCCCCGCCCCGGCCUGUGCAUUGUCGGACACGCUUCCUGGCCGGGGUUCUGGAAGCCAGUGGAGGGUUCUUGGAAGCCGGGAUAUUGUCUCGGCUGUGAGAUUGUAUGAUCUUGAUGUUAUCUUGAACCCAGGAUGCAUUUUGACCAUUUUUAAUCUCAAAUCUUAUAGGGCCUUGAAGGAAAACAAACCUUAGUAGCCGUUGGUUCUGCUGAUAGCGUCCAUUGUAAGUGCCCUGCUGGAAAGGCAGACAAAGGAGGGUGACGGUUCGGUUUGGUUUUUCUAGUUGGGCCCGCCCCGCCGCUGGUCACGAUAGGCUAAACUAAUGUAGGUUUUUAAAUAUCCAAUAAUGGCAAUUUAAAAAACACAUCCGUGGCCGGUCUGUUUGCCUUAAAGUCAGGGAUCUGAACCAGCUUUCGUGCAAGAGGAAGAACAAAGAGCAUUUCUAUGAUUGUCAUCACCAAAGCGGAUUCUUUCUCUGUCCAGCCCCUCAUCCCGCCGGUGUGAAUCCGGAGCCUCUGGCCCAGCCCCGCGCUGUUGAAGGCCAGAGCAGGUCCGCACGGUGAGGUGCCCGGCCUCGUCCUUCUCCAGCUGCCUGGCAUACGCUGCAUUUUCUUUGUUCACGUGGACAGAUCCAGCCAAUGGCAAUUUCUAGGCUCCACCCUGGGAGUGAGUGUGGCUGGAGAAGUCCUCGCCAGGGGCUGGGCGGGGUGAGAAUAGGAAACCGCAAGCCCGGCUAAAGGACAGUCGGAUCCCUUCGUCCCCGAGCGUCGUGUGAGGUCGCCAUACACCUCUGCUUAAGAAGCACUUUGGGGACUCACUCCCCUUGUUUUUACAGAGAAGUGCCUGUGGCAGCCUGAGACUUGGUAGCUCAGGACUGGAUCCCUGAGCCAGGCCUCUGUUGCCGGGUGUCUUGGCAGUACCGGCCACCUCAGUGGGUGUCAGGGAGAGGCCAGGGCCCGAGGUGCUCACCGGAUGGGACUCCGGCCCGAAGAGGGAAGCUGGAGCCCGGGCCACCUGCCCGGUCUUGACUCACGUUGGCAGCUUGGUGGCUCCAGCAGGAAGUCCAGGCAGUGCUGAGGAGCCGCCUGUGCUGGCUGGUCCACAGCUCGGUGUGGCGGCUUCCACGGGGGCGCCAGGAAUGCAGGGCUCCGGUUAGACACUGGCCGACGGGCUCGGACCGCAGGAGGCCGCUCGGCUUCUCCAGUUCUGUUGUCUUGCAGGAGGUGGCAGUUGGAGUGCCGCCUGGAGUGUCAGGAGGACCCCUCGGCGAGCACCUGGAGGUGGCUGCGGCUCGGACGGGGCCUCCGAGGAGCUGCCAUGCGACGCCGCCCUGAGCUCCCGAACCUCCUCCGGAGAUGCAGAUAAAGAAGAUGAAGGAGACGGGGCAGCAGUCCUACGCGGCAGGGGCGCUCGGCGGGCGGGGUGCCUUGAGUAUGUCGCCCAAGCAGCCCAGCGCCAGCAGAGCCCCCCGGCCUGAGCGGCACGGCGCCCCCGCCCUGCUGUACCCGGGCGUGGAGGCAGAGGCCGCCCUGCUGAGCAGCGCCACGUGCACCCAGUGCCGCAGCGUCCACGAUGUCCCCCUGCACGACUUGAACAAGGGCCCGGGGUCCAGCCAGAGGGAAGACGGGUAUGUCUGCUUCAGGUGCAACUUCAGGGUGGCGCCCACCCCCUUGCACUACACCAGCAAGAACCCCAGCCCCACCCGCGUGGCUCAGGACACGGAGCCCGCCGUGGACUCGGCCGGCAACAAGUUCAAGGUGAGGAACUUCAAGCCGGGCAAGCACUACUGCGACAAGUGCCGCUUCUCCACCAAGGACCCGCUGCAGUACCGGAAGCACACGCUGCAGCACGAGGAGAUCAAGUUCAUCUGCUCCCACUGCAGCUGCGUCUCCUACACCAAGGGCGAGUUCCAGAGGCACCUGGUGAAGCACACGGGCGUGUUCCCCUACCGCUGCGAGUACUGUGACUACGGGGCCGUCAGGAACGACUACAUCGUCAAGCACAGGAAGCGGGUGCACGAGCGGCCCGGGGGCAGGCGGCUGCCCCGGGCGGCAGCCAGGCCCGAGCUCCACAGGGUGGGUGCCAAGCCCAGCCCGGAGCCAUCCAAGGCAGCCAGCCCCAGGGGCGCGCUGCAGGGCAAGGUGUCCGACCACCUGGCCCGGUUCCCACCCCCCGCCCCCCAGGACGAGGGGCACAGCCUCCUGCCUCUGCCCGAGCCGAAGGGCUUCCAGAAGGACGUAGUGUGUGUUCCUAACAGGGGGGCCCUGGCGGAGCCCGGUGAGGCCGGGCUCUUCGAGAACAAGAGCGUGGAGGUGGAGGUGCUGUCCCCAGCCCAGGAGCCCGUGCAGCCGGGGGUGCCGCUGACCGUGGUGGCGCCUGCCGAGCUGGUCGUGCCAGCCAACUGCCUGGCCCAGCUGAUGGACGUCAAGGUGGUCAACGGGACCCAGCAGCUCGUCCUGAAGCUCUUCCCGCUGGAGGAGAGCAACGGCCUGGACACGGCGGGAAGAGACUGGGGCGACGCCGAGCGGACGGCCAGAGACAAGGGCUCCUGGGAGCGGGAGGCGGCAGCCGGAGCGGAGCCCACGAAGGCCCUGGCACUCGAGGGGGAUGUGGGGAGGCUGGCGGGCCUUCAUCGCCUCCAGGCGUCCGUUCAGAGGCGACUCAAAGACAUGAAGUGGGUGAGGUCCUACGAAGUCUUCAUGUCCAAUUCCAGCGCGCACGGCCUCGGGGAGUCGCCCCUCAGCCCCGAGGUGGCCGAGGAGCUGCAGAGGAAAAGUCACUUUUAUCUCCACAGAACAGAUCUUCCUGCUUUCGCCUUCAAAGGCUCCUUGCCCCCGUCGUCUGUGAUAAAAAAUGGUGUUUUGUGUGAUCUGGGCAGGGCAUCAAACACUUUUCCUUAUAAAGCUGCUGCUGCUUUCCCUGAGCACAGAAGAGGUUCGCACCGCGAGGCCCCGCCGCCAUUCCCCUUCCCUGUGGCCGCCCCCCACUCUGCCGACAAGGGCUUGCUGCCCGCCAGCAAAAACGGCUUGGCGCCCAGGAGGGAGCUCGCUGUCCGCGCGCGCGUGGGCUCCGCCAGGAAGCUGGGCCUCCAGCCCGAGCAGCCCCACGCGGCCCCCAGUCCAGGCCAGGUCCCCUCUCCACCCAGAGGCGAGUGUCCACCCCGAGCGCUGCCUGGGGAGGGCAGGGCCCGGCCGCCCGCGGACUCACCUUGGGACUUAAAGAAUUCUGAAAGGACUAGUGACUCUUUCGACGGCCCCGUCAUCUCGUCCGUGUUUUCUCUGAGCUCCGGAUCCGAGAACGUCCCCGAGGGCAUUAAGUGGAGCAGCUCAACCUCCAAGAUAAAGUCAAUUGAGCUCUUGCGCAAGAAGAUAGCCAAGCUGAUCGAAUCCUGCGGCAAGCCUUCGUCUCUGGCCGCGAGCGCGCACGGGCCGCCUGGGGGCCAGGCCUCGAAGAUCGGCUCGAAAGCCGUCCCAGAAUGUCAUGGAGAAAUCAUUGGCUGUUCCUCGGGCACCCUCUUAAAACCUCGGGGUGACGGGAGGGCUGGUGGGCUGCCGCCUCACCCACAGAUGCGUCCACAGUUUGCGGACGGCCGCCGCGGGGACGCUGACGGCAGGGCCACCAGGAAGGCCCACGUGGCCACCCCUGUGCUGAUCCCCAAAGGGGCGGUGCUGAGGGUUCUGAACUCCUCGGAGGAUGCCCACAUCAUAGAGGCCACGUGCGACACGCCGGUCAGCAUCCCCUGCAGCAAGACGCAGUUAAUCAAACCCCUCCCUUUCUGCCCAGUGAGACACGCAGACUCGCGCGCCCUGCCCGGUGCUGGUGGGCCUGCGGACUCGCACCCUGACCCCAGCCUGGCUCUUCGGCCUAAGCCAAGGAAAGAGAGCGCUUUCUGUAGCCUCGCCCCAAAGAAAGCGGGCCCCCCGCAGGUCCAGCAGGGGAGCGGUGCAUUCAGCAAGCCUGGAAAGCUCCUUCCCCGAAGUCUUCCAAGUAGUAAAAAUAAAACCAGACAAGUAAACCCCUCCAAGAAGAAAAGCAAAGUGCAGCCCGACCCCGGCCGCUGCCUCAAGGACCCCGCCAUCCUGCAGGUGGCCCGGCAGCUGCGCCUGGUUGCGGCCAAGCCCGGGCAGCUCAUCAAAUGCCCCCGACGCAACCAGCCGGUCAUCGUGCUGAACCACCCCGACGUGGACUCGCCCGAAGUGACCAACGUGAUGAAGGUCAUCAACAAGUACAAGGGCAACGUGCUCAAGGUCGUCCUGUCAGAGCGGACACGCUGCCAGCUGGGCAUCCGGCGGCACCACGUCCGACUCACGUACCGGGACGUGGAGGAAGCCAACCAAGUCAAAAGGCAGAUGAUGCUGAAAAUGAAACUGAAAAAAGUCCAUAAAAACAACUACCAGGUGGUAGGCCCCCUGCCAGACGACGCCGCGCCGUGCAUCUUCAAGUGCUGGUUCUGCGGGCGGCUCUACGAGGACCAGGAGGAAUGGAUGAGCCACGGCCAGCGGCACCUGAUCGAGGCCACCCGGGACUGGGACGUUCUCUCUUCCAAGGAUUACUACAAGAAUUCAAGUGGCCAGCACGGUGUCUCAGAUGCUAAGUGUCUCAAUCCAGAAGUAUUUACUUACUCACUUAUGAAACAGCUUUCUGGGGCCAUCUCGAGAAAGCAAGAUCCUUCCCUCCAAGUGGCCUGGAGAACUUCCUAUUCAAAGUGUGGUCUUUCCACCAGUAGCCUCUCCAUCACCCGAAAGUGCUAAGGAUCUCUGGCCCCACCCCUAACCUGGGAAUCAGUCUGCACGCCCCUGGGGCCUGUGCGCUUUACGGCCACUCGAGCAGCACUGGCCUGGAACAGGAGGCCGCCUUCGCCCUUCAUCUGGCUGACUGUUUCUCGGGAACACCUGCUCCGUGCCUCCCCACCCCUCUGGGACUGGGGAUUAGGCGUUGCCAUGGCACUGCCAUUGCUCUGGAAAGUAAAAGAACACGGCUGAAGGUCCAGGGGGAGGAGGGCGCUGAUCAGAAGCAGCACGUGCUGCCCACCCGGGGCUGUGACGGGGAACAGGAGCUGGGCUGCAGGGUAGGAGGACCUGCCCCAAGGAAGAAGGCGGGAAACUGAAGGGCCUGAGUCAAGAGAAUCCUCCCACCCCCAGCACCUCUGGCCUGCACCCCAGCUCUCGUACGCCUAAAUAAAUACAUCUUUGAAAAAAGAAAUCCAGGCUCGCAAAGAUGGAAGUGGAUGCUGCCGCCAGGUCAGGGCUCACACCUGGGGUGGCCACUGCUGCUUCCAGAGCUGCCCCUGUGGCUGGUUUCCACGUAGCUGAAGGUAAGACUGCCGGGUCCUCAGGCCUAGAAAGCUCGCAAUUUAAACUCUGAGUCUGAAACGCACUGGUUGACAAUGCAAACCAUCCAGAGGACCUCAUGAAAUACAGGUGCCAGCUUAGGAUGUCCGAGGCCAGUCCUGGGCCGCCACCAUCCCAGCUGCACGCCCAAGUUGCUCACAACUUGCUGUCACGCGUCCUCACUGGGCUCACAAGCCUCACUCGCCACUCACCCUUCAGGCGUAGCUCACGGAGCCUGGCGUCCCGGGCCUCAGGCCAGGCAGAGCCUAAGCUUGCGCAUCUGUCCCUCCGCGUCACCCUUGAGGACUGGACCCUGGGGCUCCUCAGAAGAUAAUUUGAAGCAUGGACCACCUAGGAGUGUGAGUCAUAAACUUCUGGAACCAGCGCCGCGGAGACCCGUGCUGCUGCUCUCUUGGUUUUAAGGCUCAUAGGGAGAUGGGGCAGAGGCAAAAUCACAUCCUCCCACCAUCUAGCCAGAACUUUCCUCACUGUUCUGAAAUUUGGCUCCAAACUGUUUUGAGGAACAGAAACAAUUUGGCUCUCAGAAAUGGCAACAGUAGCCUUACCUGUUAGAGAUGGAAGAGCUGGUGGGUCCCUGGUUUCUUACCUCGAUCAGAUAGUCUCGGUCUUUCAGCUGAUUGUGUAUAUGACUCCUGGAGGGGGCGAGGGGAGGGAGUGCUCUCUAGUCUUCAUUCUGUGUGGUAGACAUUUCACUAAGAAAUCCAAAAGGAAAAUUGUGAUUUAGAACUCAAAGGUUUCUCCAGUAAAAUGGAAGAAGGGAUUGUCAACAGGUAUUUUUGCCAGCAAUCCACACAAACACUCUCUAAAACUGGCAAUCAUCUGUUUGUUCGAAUACAGUUAGAACUGAGAGUUGUAGGAAAGCUAAAAAUAUUUCUUAGGGCUGCGCUUUUUAAGGGCAAAAUACAUCUUUAACCUGCAAAAUGUGGGGGUUGAACUAGAUCCUAAUAAUGCUAGUAAAUAUCCAUUUAGGAGAAAUCACAGCCACUUUCAAAAUAAAAAGGAUCUUAGAAAUAGCACAAACCUCAAAACCCCUCACUAGUACCUUUGCUCUCCGUUUUAUCUGCCUUCUCUUAUCAGGAAGUCUCUAACUGAUUUUUCACAUUUGUCUUGAUUGAACCCUGUGCAAUUUUUUUUUUUUUUUUGAGUCAACAUUGGUUUUCAACUUUGUAUUUGGUCUUCUUGAUGUUUCAAUUUACAGUGAAAAGGGAGUUUGAGAGGAACAUUCUAGAAAGAAGGAACAACAUGAAGGUCCAUUGGUGGAAAGUGAUGCAAUGUUUGGAAAAGAGCAUUCUGCUUGGCUGUUCCUGGGCAGAUUCAAUCUUUGAAUAAAGUUUUUCUGUGGAGCAACAUUAUAUUCCAGCAUAUGCAGUUAUUUCUGGAUUUCAUCACCAGAGCACUGGAGAUAAUAUCUGAUGUGAUAUAGACAUCGAUCCCCAAGCACAUUUCAGAUAAGCUGCUGUUUUGGCUUCUUAGAGCUGUCCAGCCCCCUGGGCUCCCAUGACAGCGUGGCCGGAGAGGGGCUCAUAUUCCGCUGUCAGUCUCACUGUCGGGAGGCGGGAGGUUCCUGGAAACUGACUUAAAGCCAAACGACGCAUAUUGGAGGCAGGUCCUCCCUCCCCGACUGGGGGUGUUUUUAUCAACAUUCUAAUGAGCUGACAUUGAACACAACACAACCAUGGACCUCCUGCUUCCUCCACCCCUAGCUCACAGAGUAAUAUUCCUGCCCUUCUCCACGGGCACAGCACCUGCCGACUAGGGAGAGUCCACUCAAAAGCAGAACCAAGCAGUUAAAGCCAAGUUGUUCCCAUAAGCCACAAACCGAACAGGAGCUGAGCAGAGCUGGAGAAGGUGAGGAAAGCUGGUUCGUUUAACUUCACUCUCCUGUGGGUAAGAGCCCAUGACCGCGCCUGGACGCCCUGUUUCCUGCCUCCCCCACCCCCUGGCUUCUGCUGCAGUGUGCAGUCUGCACUGGGCAAAGUGGAGAGGCCGGGAUCCACCUCAGCGAUAACCGGAAGGUCCUGCAAGUCAGGCCGAAAGCCCGCUGUUGACCCGCCCGGCCCUUCUGCAGUGACUCCAGAGCGUCCUUCGUGGGGGGAGCGCAAUGACCCGGAAGCAGCAGCCGGGAGCCCAGCGGGACAGAAACUGCUCUGCAUGGCCAGGGCUGUGGAAUCCUACAUGUUUGAGAAUUGUUCUAUUUCCUUGAAGAAUGUCAUGUGAGAUCUCCUGGCCCCACCGGUCCCGCCCUCAGCCCCGAAGGGUCCUCUUGCCAGUCCCAAGAGUUAGUCCUAAACAUUACACACGACACGCGUGCAUUUAUUUCAAGACGCAGGGACCUCAGUCGCGUGGGAUCAGAGCUGGCAGAGUGUAGCCGCCACACUGAACACCCGUCCUCCCAGCCAGCAUGCUCAGGGCCCGCGGGCCCUCGCAGCCAGCGUGGUGCGCUAAGAACAAAGGGAGGUGCAAAGGCUGGUGGGCGCACUGCACCCCAGGUGUGGACAGCUUGAGCUGCAGACGCACUUAAUUAGGAGAUUAGCCCCUCAGAUCCUCCUGCUAAGAGUGUGAUAUAUUCAUCACCACAACAGGCCCCGUUGCCACAGAACACCCAUUUUAUUGCUUCUCAUGCACGUGGCCCCAGAAAUUCUCACCAGUUGCCACGGUAUUUACACCAGUUAGCUGCUAAUUAGUUACCUGGUGCCUGACAAACAUUUCACAACGAAAAACAACUCCUGUGCCUGUUUUACAGGCGGACCCUCUGCAUGUGGGGAGCACGGCGCCAGCUCUCUGCUAUGGUGCCCAUGUGGGUGUUGAAUGCAAGAUUUGCAGUUAAUUUUUAUUAAAUAACGUUCAUUUUCAAAUCGCCUUUUUCUGGAUUUAAAGAUCAGUUUAAAAUUCUGUAUUUCCAAUUUUUCAUUUUCCCUUCUUUUGUAGAUAAGCUCACAUUUUAAACUAUUUGAAAAUAAAAAAAAUUUUUAAAUACAUGAAAUUUAAGUCAUUCCUGCCGGUAGAAUGCACUAUAAAAAUCACGGCUCUAGCAGCUGGUGACUUAGCUGUGCUUAAGGCAGCAUAAACCGUCUGGAAAGCAACUCAAGUGUUUGUAAGCGGUGCCUGUGCCUGAGCACUGCAGCCCACGGGCAGCAACAUAGGGUCGCCCAGUUAAGCCGGGUCAUCUCUGGCCUCCUGGUGGCAUCCAGUCCUCUGAAGCCAUAACUUAGACAUGUUACAAGUUCCUUGUUGAGAUCAUACUUGCCAAAGCAGGACAGAGCACGUCAAUUGAGCUAACAAGUGAUCAAGUCAAUAAUUGCUAAACAGAUGUGUCUGCACCCCACCUGGCGGAUCUGCAAACAGCUAAGCCAGCUGUCUCCCCCUUCCGGCCUGCAGCCUCCUUGGCACUUCAUGGUUCCGAGAGUAUCACGCCCCGGCCAGUGCACCUGAAGAUGAGCUCGCUUGGCCUGGAAUCCCUCUGGGUGCUUUUGCUUCUGUUGGUGUAGGGUAAGGUAAAAGUAUCAGGCUUUUCUGCCCUCCCGCCAUUAGGAUAGAUGAGGGAACCCUGUGGUCCUGAAUGCAUGCCCGAUGGCGGGCACCUGGAGUGGGUACACCUGGGCUGAGAGACUGAGUUUAUAAGGGCGGCAUCGUGGGGACCCCAGCAGAAGCCGAGAACGAGCAGAAGCCAAGAGAACACCAGAGCCCAGAUAGUGAGGAUUUGUGGGGGGCUGGGAGGACUGCCAGCCUCCCGGCCCCCCAGCACCCCUGCCUGCCCUGUGCCUGGUAAAUCUUAAUAAAAGACCUGCACAAGCCACUAAGGACUCUGACUCCUCCUUUACCCGGUCUGCUGGGUCAGAAAACCUGCUCCUUGGCCCAUUCCUGCCCCUACAGUUGGCGUAAGUCAGCAAGAUGAUCAUGCAGACGGGUAUGGAGCCCUCCGAGGACCUGGAGGGACUCAGGAGUAACAGACUGUGUUUGCCGAUGACGCUGGAGGCGUCAUGGCAGCACAGGAGACGGACAAGGUCCGGGAGCUGCGGGACGAGACCUCGCCUGCCGGAGACGCCUGAGAGGACCAGCCCAAGACGGCCGAGGCAGCAGAGUCGUCAGGGACAGAGAGGAGCACGAUUCGGAGCUCGCCGGUGCUGACACAAGGAGAAGCCUCUGGACUUGGGACUAAUGGACUGACAAUCCCACCAGAAGGUGGAGAACCUUGGCAGGUUAUGUUUUUUGGGAAUCUGGGGGUGGCCAGUGGGCCUCAGUGGCCAAAAGCAGCCUGUGUACUGCCUGGCAGCUAGGUGGAGGGAAAAAGCCAAUUUUGAGAAGGCAAAAAAGGCUGGUACUAAGUUGAGAAGCCCUGAGCGGCUGUCAAGCAGCCUGAGUAUGCUGAAGACCAGCUCUGCGAGUCGCAUUGGUAGCUAUGAAAGCCAAAUGUCGGAGCGACUGCAGACAGAAACCCUGAGGGUUGGCAAUUACCCUCAACAGUAUAGAAUCGCCAAUCCCAGAGUGAGCGCAUCCCGGAGUAGAUGCUGUGUGUGGCUUGUAGCUGAGAACACAGCCAGAAGGCCAGGAAGCCUGAUUGCUCUUGGCGUGUUGCAAUAGAUGCCAUGAGUGGUUCCCCUCCCUCGUAUGAGCAGUGUCUUCAGCAGCAGAUUUGGUGGCUCAUCUGCUGGUGCCAAUAAUUGUCUUUUGCCACUAGGUUGGGGCCCUGCCUGGACUUAUUUGUGUUCUGUUGUAUUUUAUAUAUUUUAUUGUUCUAUUGUGAUGUAUAUUUGUUUUUUGUGGGCCAUGGCUGCAGUGUUCUAUUGCCAAGAGAAACGUAUAUGACUUGUAUAGACUGGCAGAAAACCCUGAGGGGGUGGAUUGUAGGGUAAGGUAAAAGUGUCAGGCUUUUCUGCCCUCCCGCCAUUAGGAUAGAUGAGGGAACCCUGUGGUCCUGAACGCAUGCCUGAUGGCGGCACCUGGAGGAGGGUGUGGGCAUAGGUAGAUGGGAUUCACCUGGGCUGAGACUGGGCUUUUAGGGGCGGUGUCGCGGGGACACCAGCAGAAGGCGGGAGAAGCAGAUGCAGAGAAGCAGAAGCAGCACUACCAGAGAAGGCCAGAGAGCCCAGGGAGAGUGAAGACUUGCUGGGGGCUGGGAGGCCUGCCAGCACCCCUGCCUGCCGUGUGCCUGGUAAAUCCCAAUAAAAAACCUGCAAAAGCCACUGAGGGCUCCGGGACUCCUUUACCCGGUCUGCUGGAUCAGAAAACCUGCUCAGUGGCCCAUUCUUGCCUCUACAGUUGGACUCAUUGCUGUUUCUUGGUUAGCAAAACAAAAUUAAAAGACUCGGACAUAAAAAGGAAAGAAACUUGCUGCCAGGGAGCCUGCCACAGCGAGUGAGUGAAGGUGUCUGCCUGUGUCAUCUCCCAGGGCGGCUGAAACAAAGUGCCCCAAACUGGGGGGCAUCAAGAAAGCAGACUCCCUGGAAAUGAGUGUCCAACACCGGGGCGCCAGCAGGGCCUUGCUCUCACCAGCGGCUCUCCGGCAGAAUCCUUCGCGCGGCCCCCUCGGGUGGUGGUCACAAGGGCUGGAGAUCCUGGGAUCACUGCACCUGCCCAGCUCCCUGCUUCAUCCAUAAGGACAGACACCUCCCAGCCGUGACUUCUCACUGCACACCCAGCCAGUGCUCAGCAGCCUUUCUCCCUGGCCCUGGGGUCUUCAGGGAACUGCGUUUCGACCCUCCUGCAUAAGGGGUGGGUGGGGUGCAGGCAGAGGCGGGAAGACACCAGCCUAAUAACAUCUCCCCACAUUCUUGCCAGAAGCUCUAGGCACAUGGCGAGGCUUCCAAAAUGUGCUGAAGGGAGGGGUUUAUCCACUUUCAGAUUCGUCCUUCCAAGGCAGACCAACGGCGGGAAAGGAGCAGGUUUUGUUGGAAAAAGAACGUCAGGUUCCUCCUUUCAUCUGCAGGCACCAGCCCUGUCUCUCGAGCGUGUCACCUGUCGAGCCUGCAGGAGGGGAGCCGACAGGGAUAAUCGCUCCGUGUGAUGUGUUGGGGAAACAUGAAAACCAGCAAGUGGGAGGAUCCAAGGAAAUUCAUACGGCUGUCGCUCAGUUCUCAGACACUGAGGGGGAGAUCACUGGCGUUCCUGUUCGGCUCCAGCCGAAAGUCGCGGAGCAGAAGGCCGAGGUGAGGACAGCCUCUUGGUCCCCGAGUCACUCGGCCACUGAUAGAAGCGGAGUCUGACGCUGCACAGUGAGGGAUGAGAGGUAACGGGGACGGACGAUGGUGCCAGGGGUUUCCCAUCGCCCUCCCCGGCUGCCCAGGGGCUCAGAGCGCCUUCUGGGGACGUAAAGCUGAGCUGAGUCAGGUCUAGCAGGUGUGAGCCGAGCUGGACAAACUCAGCGAUGAUGGACCGAGGAACUAGUAACCCCAACCUUGCCCCGGGCCGACUGCCCUCCAGUGCAGGCCUUCAAGCUCUUGUAGAAAUCUCUUGCCUCCCAGAACCGCCACUAUUCACAUCCCUGCUUUUCACACGAGGCUAAAGAAGAGAGCGCGUGCCCGGGGUGGCUGGCAUGCACCAGGACAGGGGCUCAGUGCCGUCUCCAAGACUAGUUUUCAGAGAAGGGUGUGGGGUUGAGCCAGGCAUCCGAGGGUAACCCCAGAGGGCUCUGGCAGUGGUGCGAGGAGACUAGGGUCGCUUUUCCAGUUAAGCGAGGGAGAAUUGAAAUCCGAGCUGUCGCCUGGCUCGGCUGUGAGGUUCCUUCCCCCUGCCCGGAGCACCGCAUCCCCUCAGGACAGGCACCUCAGAGCUGCUGGCCCCAGUGUGGUCUCCCGGCCCCUGGCAUUUCACUUUCAAACACACUUUCCUUGGCCGUUAAUGUCUUUGCACCACAAAAAAAAAAAAAAAAAAAAUGAACAGUUCUGACCACUCUGGCUUCACGAGAGUUUACAUUUGCUCCAAAUCUGCAGCCUGGCCUGGACUCAGAUCAGGCCCAAACUUGAGAACACUUAAACUUGAGAACACUCCGCGGGGAGCAGG